AUGAAGGCAAUCGAUACGAUAUUGUUUGACGUGUCUAAAAAUGAACUAUUCAAGAUUAAUGAGAACUAUAAGAUGCUGCAUAGAAAGCUGAAGACAACUUGGAAAGUUAUGAUAAACCGCGAAGAGAUAUCAAACAAUGUGCUGGAAGAUGUCAAGAUCCUGGUAGUGGCGGGUCCUCAGAACGCGUUUACUGAUGAUGAGCUAUCAUCUCUCAAACAUAUGGUGGAGAGAGGCGACUCCGUGCUGGUAGCCAUGUCUGAUGGAGGGGAAGAACGGACCAAUACUAAUAUUAAUUUCUUUUUAGAGGAGUUUGGAAUUGUGGUGAAUAACGAUUGCGUGGUGCGAGCCAAAUACCACAAGUUCUACCACCCUAAAGAGUGUCACGUCUCCAACGGUAUACUGAACCGAGCCGUCACCAAGUACCUGAUGAAGAUGCCCAACUAUAGCAGCGAGUCUGAUGACUUUCUAGAAGAUCCAGCUACUCCAAACUUCGUGUACCCGUAUGGAGCGACAAUGACGGUGAAAAAGCCCGCAGCAGCCAUUUUGUCCAGCAGUGACGUAUGUUAUCCUGUUAAAAGACCAGUGGCCGCGUUGUAUGUUUCUGAGAAGACUGGAGGUAAACUGUUUGUGAUAGGUUCAGGACACUUCUUCGCGGACCAGUACCUCGAGAGUGAGUGCAAUGACCUGAUAAGGGAGAUGAUAUUCAACUAUCUCGGAGGCGUGACUGACCUGCAUCUCAACCCAGUUGACGUCGAGGAUCCUGACAUUAACGAGUACCGCACACUAGGCGACAUGAUGUGGCUGAGCACUAUCCCUCUCCCGGAGCCAGCCACCGCGCCCCCGCCGCGUCUCACUCCUCUACAUCCACACGCACUCUUCACUUGGAGACUGUUCUCUUUGAAUCUGGCUCAGUUGCCCGAAGUACUAGGACUGUAUGACGCACUAGGAGUUAAACACGAACCUCUUCGAUUGAUCGCACCACAGUUCGAGACACCAUUUCCUCCUCUGCAGUUAGCAGUAUUCCCACCAACGUUCAGAGAGCCACCUCCUCCGCCACUGGAGCUGUUUGACCUGGACGAGGCGUUCAGCUCGGAGAGGUCACAACUCGCGAGGCUCGCAAACAAAUGUUUACAGCCACAUUCAUCGCGUAUGGCACAAGGUGACGGUCGUCAACUUGAAAGUGAGUUAGAAUACUUCGUCCGAGAAUGUGGUAGAGUCGUCAGGCUAUCUAAAGCCGUACCCACAGACGAGGGUCCCGCUGGGAAACUCAUUCUGCAUCAACUGGCUGUACAACUUGCCACAUAUAAGAAAAUAGCUCCUAGAGAUUAA